AUGCGAAUACAACCAAGCGGAGUCUCACUCCUCCUCUCCACCCUCCUACCAAGCCUGACAUCGGCAUCAGCAUCCGCGUCCGGCUUCGACUGCGCGGACCUGAAGAUUGACAAUUACAAAUACGACCUUAGUCCCCUAAAAGGCGUCCACGAGUUGAAUCAUACAGUGACGACCGAUGACUACGUGACGAAUACAAUAUACCGAUUGAAUAUCUGCAAUAUUCUCGAGGGCGCUGCCCGGAACGGUAGCGCGACAUGCGGCACUGGCAAAAACGUUUGCGGAUUCGUGCACCAAACACCGAAGGAUGGAAAUGGCGGCUCUACGUUCGGUUUCCCGAUCGCCGGGCUUGACCCCGUUGACAAGGGCCCAAAGAACCCAGAAUUGAAGCGAUUGAAGGAUAUCGACCCGGAGACCGAAGGAUUGCGCGUGAAGCUGGAAGGUGGCUUGUACAAGGGAGAUCUCAAUGACCAGAAGCCCAAGAAGGCAGCUACUGUCAUUGAUUUCCAGUGCGACCACGAGCGUUCUGGACUGGAGGGCCUGCGUACGAUUCCAGACUCGGAGACGAAGGAGCGACGACGGAGAGCGGACGAAGGUGGUGCUGUGCCGUCAGGAAACAGCACGUCGGACAACAGCAGCAGCGCGACUCUGCAGUUCAAGAGUUUUGCUCCGUCUGAUGAUGAUACCUACAUCCUAAGACUGGAUUGGCGCACAAAGUAUGCCUGCGACGAGUUCGAGAAGGAGAAGGGCGAUACUCCCGGCUCGAGAAGCUGGGGUUUCUUUACCUGGUUGAUCAUCAUUGCCUUCCUCUGCAUCGCUGCCUACCUCAUCUUUGGUUCCUGGCUCAACUACAACCGUUACGGCGCCCGUGGCUGGGACCUUCUCCCUCACGGUGAUACUAUCCGCGAUAUCCCUUACCUCUUCCAGGACUGGCUCCGUCGUGUAGUCAAUACCCUACAAGGAUCGGGUUCGCGGGGUGGUUACAGUGCGGUAUAA